AUGACUAGUGUCUACACGUCCGAUUUCAAAAAUCAUAGACGAGCACCACCACCACCAACACAAUCACGCCAACACCUCACAGGUGCUCAACGAAAUGUACUGAAUAACAGUAUACUGGCACCAACCAACUUUGUGUCGUCAUCGUCAACACCAUCAACAUCAUUACCACCACCAUCAUCAUCAUCAUCAUCAACAUCAUCAACAACAGUAGCACCAACUGCAAUAACUUCAAACUCUUCCUCUUUGCCAUUUGGUGUAACCCCACGACCAAUAGAAGUCAACAUCAGCUCAAACAAACGUCAAUCUGGCUGGGUCCACGUCAAAGACGAUGGUAUAUUCACAUCCUUUAGAUGGAACAAACGAUUUAUGAAUAUCAACGAUCGAACGUUAAAUUUUUACAAAGCAGAACCAAGUCCAAUAGAUAAACCCAUACCCGACUUGUCGUUUCCCUUGAACUUGAUCAGCUCAAUACAGUUGAAACCGCAAACUGGCCACAACAAAACAGCACAAUCUUUUGAAAUAGUACCGAAAAGCAAUGGCAAACCCAUCCUAAUUUCAAUAAAACAUAGCAACGACUACUCUGAUUGGUUGGAUGCAUUUGCAGCCAAGUGUCCCUCAGUGCCAAUCGGCCAGUCAUCGUCAAUUAUCUCCAAUGGAAUUUCAUCACAGUCAUCAUUGGGUUUCAACUUUAAAAAUAGUGGCAACGGCAACGGCAAUGGCAAUGGCAAUGGCAAUGGAAAUGACUAUGGAAUUGGAAGUGGUGGUUUCAAUGGCAAUAACAAAAUACGUUCUAAUAAUUCUUUAGCAUCAUCUUCCACUACUUCCUCAACAUUGAAUGGAGGAAGCGCAAAUGUAUCUGGCCCCAUCAAUUUCACUCAUAAAGUCCACGUUGGAUUUGAUCCAGCUAGUGGAAAUUUCACUGGCUUACCAGAGACUUGGAAAAGUCUCUUGCAACACUCUAAAAUCACAAACGAAGAUUGGAAAAAAGAUCCUGUGGCAGUGAUUGAAGUUUUGGAGUUUUAUUCAGAUAUCAACGGAGGAUCCAACAAUGGGACACCCAUGGGAUCACCCAUGAUCAACAAUAGCGACAGGGUAUUGGGAGCUCCAGACUACAACUCCAAUUUACAAGAAUGGACAAAACCACCAUCUAAAAGCAAUGCAUCACAAUUCAAGCCAAGUAGAGUUGCACCAAAACCACCUUCUAGACAACAACAGCAACAGCAGCAGUUGACUAGCGCAUCCUCAUCGUCAUCUUUAAACAACAAAUCUACUUUUGCACAAGAGAAAAACUUUUCGCCAUUGAGCAAUAUCCUCAGCAAGGCAGAGGAGUCGCCAUCGCAUCAAAAAGAAGAUAAUCUAAUACCAGUAAGACGAGCACCACCGCCUCCGCCUCAAGCAUCAUCGUUAUCUUCCUCUUCCGCUUCCGCUUCUGCUUCUGCCUCUUCUUCUUCUUCUUCUUCUUCAAAUGUGCAAGGAAGUCUGUUGAAGCAACAAUUUAGUUCAACAUCACUGCAGCAGCAACAGCAGCAGCAGCAGCAAUCUUCUUUUGCUGCCCCAAAACAAACCCCUCCAACGCUACCUUCAUCAUCAGCUCCUUCUAACUCCUCAUUUAACAAAUUGGCUAAUCAAAACAUUCACCCUGAUGUCAAGCUCAACAAGAUCAAUCUAUAUGGUACAACUGGCAAAACCUCGCCUACCAAGACAUCCUUAUUACCUCAAAAGCAAUUGAACAACAACAAUAGUGACUACAAUUACAAUGAGACUAAAUCCUCUGCUUACAAUGACUCUCUUUUGAAAGGUCCAGCGGGAGCAGCGCACCUGGUGACUAAACCACUCAAUCCUUUAGGAGAUUCACCAAUUCAGCCAUUGCAUUUGAAACCCAAAACACAACAGCAGCAGCAGCAGCAACAAGAACAAAGUGCUAUUGAAAAGCCCAAAAAGGCUGGUACACCAGUGACUCAACCAGCUACCGGCCCUGCUCCGAUCAAAACAGCUAAGCAAUUAAAGAAAGAGAGGGAGAGGCUCAAUGACUUGCAAAUCAUUGCCAAAUUGAAAACUGUUGUGAAUAGCGCAGAUCCUAAGCCAUUAUUCAAGAUAAUCGAGAAAGCUGGCCAAGGUGCAAGUGGUAAUGUAUAUUUGGCCGAGAUGAUCUCCGAGCGAAAAAAAAUUGCGAUAAAGCAAAUGGAUUUGAAUGUGCAGCCAAGAAAAGAGCUUAUAAUCAAUGAGAUCUUGGUGAUGAAAGAUAGUCAACACAAAAACAUUGUCAACUUCCUAGACUCGUAUUUACGCAAGGAAACGGAGCUCUGGGUGAUUAUGGAAUAUAUGGAAGGUGGGUCAUUAACGGAAAUCAUUGAGAAUAAUGAUUUCAAAUUGAGUGAGAAGCAAAUUGCUACAAUUUGUUUUGAGACAUUAAAAGGGCUUCAGCAUUUGCACAAGAAACAUAUCAUUCAUCGUGAUAUCAAGUCGGAUAAUGUCUUGUUGGAUGCACAUGGUAAUGUUAAGAUUACUGAUUUUGGUUUUUGUGCUAAAUUGACGGAUCAGAGAAAUAAGAGGGCUACUAUGGUGGGGACACCAUACUGGAUGGCUCCUGAAGUUGUUAAACAGAAGGAGUAUGACGAGAAAGUCGAUGUGUGGUCGCUUGGUAUUAUGACAAUUGAGAUGAUUGAAGGUGAACCGCCUUAUUUGAAUGAAGAGCCAUUGAAAGCUUUGUAUCUAAUCGCGACAAAUGGAACACCGAAAUUGAAGAAACCAGAGCUUUUGAGCAAUUCAAUCAAGAAAUUCUUAUCGAUAUGUCUUUGCGUUGACGUGAGAUAUAGAGCCACUACAGAUGAACUCUUAGAGCAUUCGUUCAUUUUACACAAGUCGGGUAAGAUUGAGGAAUUGGCACCAUUAUUGGAGUGGAAAAAGACUCAGCAAUUGCAACAGCAGCAGCAAAGGGAGCAAUCAGAACACCAACAGCAGUAUGAUAACUGA